AUGUCUCUCACUCGAAUUGCCUCCGUCGAUGGCUUCGAACGAGAGCGUCGAGGCUCCAAUGUUUCGACACCAAGGAGAAUGAGUUUCAACCCGGUGAGCGACUGGGUGCCGCCCAAGCACCAUGAUCGAAGAGAGAGCGUAGUCACUGCUGCUCUUCAAUUUGACGAAGUAUCCAAACAGAAACGUGUUGGUAAGCCAUCUCCUAGCACCCGGAGAAAGCAUGUUGAGCAGGCCAAGGUCAGACUCCAGGUUGUCAUUGCAAUCAUAUAUUGUCUAUUCGCUGCAGGUGUGGUCUUUGGCUAUGCUGCAAUCAAGCCAGUACUGAUAGAUGAGGGGGUCUUCAAAAACCUAUGCACCGUAGAGGAGCAUGAGAAAGGCACCUCACCAUGCUUGCAACAAGAGAUCAGACUCAAUCUAAUGUUCACGAUAGCCGCUGUCUCGACUAAUGUGGCCGCUUUGCCAAUCGGUACGAUUCUCGAUCGCUAUGGUCCACGAGUUUGUGGUAUUAUUGGCAGUCUGUGUCUUGCUAUCGGAGCUGCACUCUUUUCGUCUGCCUCCAGGGUUGAAGGGGAUCUGUUCACGCCUGGCUACUUCUUCCUUGCACUUGGAGGACCCUUCGUUUUUAUCUCUUCCUUCCAGCUGUCGAAUACCUUCCCCAAGAAUUCCGGGUUGAUUCUCGCCUUGUUGACCGGAGCAUUUGAUUCCUCAUCCGCGUUGUUCCUGCUUUUCCGCAUCCUUUACGAGAGCACCGGCAAGCGGUUGAACACCCGCAAUCUAUUUCUUGCAUACCUGGUCGUGCCACUGUUUAUCUUGAUUGUUCAGAUCUUCGUUAUGCCCAAAGAGUCCUACAAGACUGUGAGCGAGGUUGUACACGAGGCAGAAGAAGAGAUCAAUGCGCCCACACCUCCAAAUGCAACAAGCGAUGAAGUUCGGUCGAUUAAUGAGCGACGACAAUCUAUCAGCCAGGAGGUGUCGCUUUUACUUGAUAAGAGCACGAACGCAAAACGUCAAAAGCGCGAAGAGAACAAAAAUGCCAAAUCCGGUGUUUGGGGAGCAAUGCACGGCUAUACUGCGCUUGAACAGAUCAAAUCACCCUGGUUCAUACUGAUCACUCUGUUUACGGUCAUUCAGAUGACGAGAAUCAAUUACUUCGUUGCAACCAUUCGACCACAAGAGCAAUAUCUACUUGGUUCACCCGCAAGAGCCAAGACAGUGAACGAUUUCUUCGAUGUUGCCCUACCUUUAGGAGGAGUUCUAAGCAUACCAUUCAUUGGCACCCUCCUCGACAAAACUUCGACACCAUUCGCUCUCGGCUUUCUAGUGGUGACAGCAACCAUUAUUGGUGUUCUAGGCUGCUUACCCUACAUGUGGGCCGCAAUUGCAAACGUGUGUCUCUUUGUCGUCUAUCGACCAUUCUACUAUACCACAGUUUCCGACUAUGCUGCAAAAGUUUUCGGCUUUCAGACAUUCGGCAAAGUGUACGGGCUGACUAUCUGUCUCGCUGGCUUGUUUAAUUUCUUACAAAGCCCACUCGAUGCUCUGACCCAUGUGAAGUUCGACCUCAAUCCUGUGCCUGUCAAUGCCAUGCUCACGAGCAUUGCAGUGGUGGUGGGUGCAUGCCUGGUCAUCUACACCUUCGUCAAGAGUCGCAAUAUGAAGCGUGAUCAACUUGAAGAUGAGGCUGAAGGCGCCAGCGAGAAUCUGAUGCCUGAUGUCAACGGCAAUGGUUACGGAACAUAA